CCGUACCCGCACGACGGGACCAGAAGUGUCGGGGUGCGAUCCCUUUAUUUUCGUCUCCUGCGCUUCGUCUGUUAGACCAGAGGAUUAGGGAGACGAAAGACGAGGGUCGGAGAACCGUCGACGGAACAAUAGUCUUUCAUCACGGAGGCGGUGGCCAACGCAAACUCCUCCUCCUCCUACAUUCCCAGGAACUACUACAUCACCCUCAAGCGGCUGAAGGAGAAGCACGACGCAUCCAUCAUGGAGACGACGGCCAACGCAAACUCCUCCUCCUCCAUUCCCAAGAACUACGUCACCCUCAAGCAGCUAUCGGAGAAGCACGAUGCAUCCAUCACGGAGAAGGCGGACAAGGCAAACUCCUCCUCCUCCAUUCCCAAUAAUUAUGUCACUCUAAAGCAGUUAAAGGAGAAGCACGAUGCAUCCAUCAUGGAGACGGCGGCCAAGGAGAAGCACGAUGAUGAAGAGAGGCUUCGCAAUCUCAAGCAAGAAGAAAAUGAAAAGAAGGCGGCGGAGGAAAGGCGGAAGGCGGAUGAGUUGUUGAUCCCGAAGCCCCACCGGAGGACCCUCGGAUCGAGGCACAAGUGGCCUUCGAACCGCCAAAAAUGGGUGGUCGCGAGGCUAGCAUCGCCCCGGAUUCCCGAUGCGGACGGGGCGAAGGGGAGCGCCAGUGGAGCCGUUCACGUCCCCCCGAUCGGAAAAUCCACUGGGAGUGAUACCAAUCCUGAAGUAGGUCGGAAGCAGAAUCCGAAGAAGAAGAAGAAGAAGAAGAACAAGGGAAAAGCUGAUAGGGAGAAGAACGGCGGAACAGAGGCGGCGAUGGCGAUGGCGACGGCGGAAGAGGAGUCCGAGGAGAUAAAGGGAUCUGAGAAAAUCACCGCCGAUCCUUCGCAGGAGAACCCCGUCCAAGUAAAAGAAGAUGGCAGGCGAGGUCGCUGGACGGGGGCGGUGAACAGGUCCAUCGGGCAGCUUUCUGGAUGUGGACAGGAGCGGACGGUGCCGACCGAGCGACGGAGCGUCAUCAUUGACGAUGAGGCCGCCGCAGGGGCGGGUAGGGGGAGGUGGACAGCCGCGAGAGGCGGUGCAUCGAAUCAGAGGGCCGGGGGAUUUGGCCGCGGACGGAACUUGCCGGACGGAGCCGGUCUGGUGUGGGUCAGGAAGACCUCAAGCACUUAACGUGUUCCGGCAGAGGCUCGAAACAGGUAUACAAACUUAUCCUUUCCGCAUUAACAUACGAUGGUUUAUUUCCAAAAGUAACUUCUCUACCCGCUUUGUACUCGAAUCGGCUACCUGCUAUUUGAUUGCAGGUUGUGAGGCCCUGCGCCGGGUCCCACAAGCACAUUAUUUUCACCGGUCAAAAACUGGUUAUUUUUCCUGUGCUUGCUUUAUUAGUUUCUUUCUUUCAUUGUUGUCA